AUAGCCACCAAACUCUGAAACACAAAUCAGUAUCAAGGCUUGCUUCCUGCUCCUGCUACUCUACCCCUGCACUUCACAAGCUUCACGCACCACACCACCAAUAAAGCAUUCAAACUUUUUCGAAAAUGGAGGAAGGACCUAAGUCUGUGAUCAAAAGUGGGGAGGUUGAGGUGAUGGACGGUUCAGAUAUUAUGGAGUUGGUUGAGAAUGAUAAGGUUUUUAGCAACUUUGUCGAUCACAAGUUUCGAGACCUUGAUCGAGAUUGUGACGGUCAUCUCUCUGUCAAAGAGCUACAACCUGCCGUUGCCGACAUCGGUGCCGCCCUUGGUUUACCUGCUCAAGGAACUUCCGCCGAUUCCGAUCAUAUUUACGCUGAGGUUCUUAGUGAAUUCACUCAUGGUAAAGACGGCAAAGUAAGCAAGACGGAAUUUAAAAAAGUUCUUUCGGAUUUUCUGAUAGGAAUGGCUGCGGGUUUAAAGCGAGAUCCGAUUGUUAUUCUACGCAUAGAUGGGGAAGACCUACUGGAGUUCAUUGAUGGCCCAAGUUUUGAACCAGAGAUGAUGUCCAUAUUCUCGGAGAUUGAUUUGCCGAAUGGAUCUCUUACUGACUACAUUAACAAGGCCUUUGAGAAACUUACAGUAGAUAAAGGGAUGCCUCCGGUUUUAGAUUCCUGGGUUACAGGCAACAUUAUAGCACCGGCACUACAGUCGUGUGGUGUUGGUCAAGAUCAGCCAGUUUCUCAAGACACGUUUUUAGUAGAGUUCAGAAAGGUAGCGGAGACUGUGGCUCAGCGUCUCAAGGAGCAGCCAGUUAUUGUUGCUCAUAGCGAGAACACCUUUGAUGGAACCGGCAUCAGGAGACUGCUAUCUAACAAAUUUGAGCUCGAAAAGACUCUGGAUACGGCAUUGAAAUCUUUGGCAAAAGACCAGAACGGGAGAAUCUCUAAGAAUUGUUUACGAAUCGGGCUCGAUCUUGUGGCUUCUUCAGCUGGGUUGCCACCUUUUGGCGCUGUUUAUCAGAUGGACCAGGUUAUCGGUGAAUCAUGCAAGAUGUUCGAUAUGGAUGAUGGAAAGCUGGUUAAAGAAGAGGAGUUCAAAAAGCUGCUGGUGGAACUCCUGGGAAGUAUCAUGCUGCAAUUAGAAGGCAACCCGAUCUCGGUUUCCACUAACUCGGUGGUUCACGAGCCGCUAACCUCCGCUUCAACGCUGUUGCAGCCAUCUUCGAUGUAAGCGGUACAACUAUUAAUGCUUUAUGUACUCUUUUUAGAAAGAACAUGACCUAAAGAAAUGUGCAAUCAUGAAUGCAUGCCUCUGGUAUAAUCUUAUUUAGCAUUGAUUGUAUUGGGAGAGC